AUGAGAAGUAAGGGUGUCCAGCUGACAACUGGCGGCCAACCUACAACGCUUCCCUCAUCCAUCGUCCAUGCCUCCAACAUUCCCAUCAACGACGACAUCGAAGCCUGGUGGAACGACUGUGGCCCCCUCUUCGAGCGCUUCCUCCAAGCAGGAAAAUACGCCCUCCACCAGCAAUUCCAGUACCUCCUCUUCCUCCGCAACCACCUUAUCCCAGCGCUCGGUCCACACCCGCAGAAAUGGCGCAGCACAAUCACCCGCAGCGGCCUGCCCAUUGAGUACAGCAUCAACUUCCAAACGGACGGCAAGCCCACGCUGAGGAUCGGGUUCGAGCCCGUUAGUAUCCUCUCCGGAAACUCAGCGGACAGAUACAAUCAGCUCGCGCCCGCGGAUCUCACCAGCGUGCUAGGGAAACUACCGCUCCUGGCUGAUUUCGACGCGAGGCUGUAUCACCACUUCACCAACGACUUCGCGCUCUCAAAAGCCGACGAAGCAUCUCUUCAGCAACAAGGCGUCACGCCAGAGAAAGGCCACGUCGUCUCGCAAGCCGCCUUCGGCUUCGACCUCAAGGGCGACCGCAUAGCGGUCAAGGGCUACGUCUUCUGCGGCCGCAAAGCCCUGGCAACGCACACGCCCGUCGGAGAGUUCAUCGCGUCCUCCGUAGCCCCCAUCACCCCGCUAACGGGCUCCUGCGCAGCCUUCGCCCUCGUGCACGAGUACAUGACCGAGACCUCGGGUUAUAACGAAUUCACUUUCCUCAGCUGGGACUGCAUCGAGCGCACGCAGUCGCGCCUGAAGAUCUACGGCGUCCACAACGAAGUAACACCCCGGAAACUCGCGGAGAUGUGGACGCUGGGCGGGCGGCUCGAGGGCAUCCCAGAAAUCAUGCAGGGUCUGCAGCUCGCUCUAAAACUAUGGCUUGCGCUUGGUCUGGACGAGGCGGAUGAUUGCGCGUAUACAGGUCGCUUCGACGAUGGGAUUACCUCUGGGGACGGCGAGGUGUCUUCGCCGAUUCUGUGGAACUUCGAGUUCAAUCCGGGGAAGCGGUACCCCCUUCCCAAGGCGUAUUUUCCGAUUCAUGGCAGGCAGAGUGAUCGGCAUGUUGCGGGGGCGCUGGGGAGGUUCUUUGGGGAGCUUGGGUGGAAGAAGCUUGCGGGGGGUAUACUGAGAUGGUGGAGGGCUUAUAGUAAUCCCGAUCGCGAUAUCUCGCAGACCUCUCGUCUGCAGUCGUGGUUGUCGUUUGCGUUUACCGAGGAGAGUGGUCCAUAUAUGAGCGUGUAUUAUCACUCUUCGGAUGCGUACCCGUGGUCCGACUAG